AUGUCAAUAUCAGUUGACAGUAAUAAUCUUAGUUUUGUUAACGAUUUGAAUCCUGGGAAGGAUAUGUGGAACAUGAAGGCGAGAAUUCUUCGAAAAUGGAAUCAGGGUUACAAGAUGGAGAUCAUCUUCAAUGAUGAGAAGUGUGUUAAGAUUCAAGCAGGUAUUAAGAGUCAUCUGAUACCUGUUUUUGAUGGACAGCUGCAAGAAGAUGCUGUUGUGAUUUUGUCGAAAUUUGGUGUUGGUAAGAAUAAAGAUUUAUAUAAAGUAGUAGUGCAGCCUUAUAAAAUCAACUUUUAUAGAUGCACGACUGUUACUCCUGUGAGAGAUUCGCAAGGUGUAGAGUAUGGUUUCAAUUUUAGAGCUUAUGAAGAUAUUCUUCAAGGAGAGGCGUUAAAUGCUUUGAGUGUUGAUGUUGCUGGAUCUGUGAUUUGUUAUGGAGAUCUUGAAAUCUUUGAUCGACCUCCAAAGCAGACUAAGAAGAUGAAUUUCGAUAUUGAAGAUUUGGAGGGUAAGGUUUUGUGGCGUACUGUGUGGAAUGAUUAUGCUCUGCAGAUUAAGGACUCCAUUUCUAAAAUCCCACCUUAUGAGCAUAUGAUGGUUGUUAUACAGCAUGGAAAGUGUAAGGAAUGGAAAGGUGAAUAUACUGUUCAAAGUGAUAAGUUUGCAACACGAAUUUUUCUGAAUGAAGAAAUUGAUGAAGUUGAUGAGCUAAGGAGGAGGCAUAUACUGAAGUUUGGACAAGGGAGUGGUUCUACUUCUCAAACGAUACUAUCGUCUCAGAGUGUUUUUCCAUUACAUAAAGAAUUUGUAACUAAAGGUGUGAAGAAACAUGUUGAUGAGAUUAGCGAGAUAGAAAAGGAAAUGUCUUGUGUUGUGGUUGCGAUAAUUAAGAUUGUGCAAAAAGAGUAUGGUUGGUUUUAUGUUGGCUGUCGUAAGUGUUUCAAGAAGGUGAUGAGUAAAAGUGAAUACUUGCAGAAUGUUGAAAAUGUUUCAAAUGAUGUUCUUCGAUUGCCUGCGACUUCUUUGGUUUGUAUCAGACGUCAUACUGAAUGUACAUUGAUCACGACAAAGUUCAAGGUGCAAGUGCGGGUGCAGGAUGAGACUGGUAGUGUUUCUUUUGUUAUGUUUGAUAGAGAUGCUGCUUUUAAUAUUGAUGUUUCAGAGUUCAAUCUUAAAAAUGACUAUCGUGUUUAUACUGUGCAAAAAACAUGUGAUGAUCUAGUAAUAAUUGCUGAGUUGGUUGGUGGAGAUGGUAAUGGUGAUGAAAAUACUGAUGAGGUUACUCAAGAGAUAGCUGACGUUAAAGACGUUAACCUUUCAGACUCUUCCCAGGUGUCUGCUGAGCGAACUUCAAGGGAUGUUGUCUCUGUUACGGCCGACUCUUCAGCCGUUGAAGUUGAAAAGGAUUCUGGAUCAAGUCGCAAUGGAAAGCGGAUGGCUCGAGAUGCUGAUGUUGUCAAUGUUGGUGAGCUAUCCACUAAUGUGAGAAGAACCCGGAAGAAGCUGACUAAGGUUAACAAUUAG